AUGGCACCUCACCCUCUCUCGGAUCUCAGCCUCGACGAGACAAACCAUGCGCGCGAUACUGUCCUGAAGCUGCAUCCCGGUUGUGUUAUCGACUUCCGAGCCAUUUAUCUGCUGGAGCCGCACAAGGCAGACAUGAUCCCCUUCCUCGAGCGAGAGCAUGCCGGCCAGGACGAAAUCGACGACGGGAGCCCGCGACCAGCUCGCCUCGCCCAGAUGCGAUACGACGUUAUUGGUGGAUCCAAGGCUGCCGAAUAUCAUGAAUCCGUCAUCGAUAUUUCUACCUCUCAACGUGUCGAUCAUCGAAUAGUCGGGCCCGGCCACCAUGCAAGCUUGACCAUAUUCGAGUUUGAAAAGUUGAUCGAGUCUGUCAAAGCCUCGCCGCUGUUUCAGGAGAAGCUGAAUACGAUCGAGCUGCCGGACGGCUUCGAGCUUGUCCUCGAACCUUGGCCUUAUGGCGCGCCGGAUGAAGCCGACGGCGCAACUCGCUUCUUCCAGGCCCUCUGCUUUGCCCAAGACACGCGCCACGGCAACCCAGACGCCAACUUUUACUCGUAUCCGCUCCCUCUCAUCCCCAUCAUGGACGCGAGCACGUGCGAGAUUGUGCGCGUCGACGAGCCUGCCACGGGCGGAAAUGGGGAUCCAUUUUCUGGAAUAAGCCAUAAAAAAGCCGUCCUCGAUCACUGCCGGCCGGCCGAGUAUGUGCCCGAACUGCUGACUGCUGGCACGCGCAAGGACGUCAAGCCCUUGGUCGUCUUGCAGCCCGAAGGCCCCAGCUUCACCGUAUCGGAUGCCAACCUCGUCCAGUGGCAGAAGUGGCGCUUCAGAGUUACCUUCAACCCCCGCGAGGGAGCUGUCCUGCAUGACAUUCGAUACGACGGCCGCAAUGUCCUAUACCGGUUGAGCAUGAGCGACAUGACGGUGCCGUACGCCGACCCGAGGGCGCCCUUUCACCGCAAGCAAGCAUUCGACUUUGGCGAUGGCGGCCUCGGUCAUGCUGUCAACAACCUCAAGCUCGGAUGCGACUGUCUAGGAGCAAUCAAGGCAAAGCCCCCUUCCCCUCCUGCCCCCUUCUCAGACGGAUCGGAGCAUUACUUUGACGGCGUCCUGACAAACUCGGACGGUUCUGCCGUCGCGACCAAGCAGGUCAUCUGCCUGCACGAGCAAGACGACGGCAUUUCUUGGAAACACACCAACUGGAGGACGGGUCGCGCGGUCGUCACCCGUCGUCGGGAGUUGGUCGUCCAGUUCAUCAUCACCCUUGCCAACUACGAGUACAUUUUCGCUUUCAAGUUUGACCAGGCCGCAGGCAUCACGUUUGAAGCGAGAGCGACGGGGAUCGUGUCGGUCGUCAACAUAGACGAAGGCAAGACGGCGCCCUGGGGAAAUGUGGUCAACCCGGGAACGCUGGCGCAGAAUCACCAGCACCUGUUUUGUCUCCGCAUCGAUCCGGCCAUCGACGGCCACUCCAACACACUCGUCCAGGAAGAGAGUCUACCGGUUCCCAGCCAUGCACUCGCUAAUCCGAACGGAAACUUGUACGAGGUGCACACGAAGCCCAUCACGACCUCGUCAGGAAUCGACCUCGCACCUUUUCGAAAUAGGGUCUUCAAGGUGCAAAACAGGUCCAAGAAGAACCCGAUCAGCGGGAAGGCUGUAGGGUACAAGAUCACCAUGCCACCCUCGCAGCUGCUCCUCGCAGACCCGAGCAGCAUCCAGGCGCAACGGGCGCUCUUCACGAAGCACCACAUCUGGGUGACCAAGCACAAGGACGACGAGCUCUACGCCGGAGGUCGCUACACACUGCAGAGUCGUCGAGAGAAGGGUGGAGUGGCGGACGCGGCGGCGCGAGGCGACAACGUCGAGGACGAAGACAUUGUUAUUUGGUCUGUCUUUGGACUUACUCACAAUCCCCGAGUCGAAGACUGGCCCGUCAUGUGA